AUGGAUGCGCACAAGGAGUUCAUCAAAGAUAGCAUGAGGCAAGCAUUUUACAUGGCAGAAGCGUCGUUCGAGGCCGUCGGAUCGCCGCCCGCCAGCGGUGGUGACGCUUGGACAUUCCCAGGUGCAGAGACACGAGACAUGAGCGCAAGAAUCUUCGGAGUGUUUGGAGCGCCAUCCGCAGAAAUACCGAUCCCUGGGACAAAACAAAUGGAAACGGUAAACAAGUACCAAGUGGUGCGAGACACCUUGGGGUGGUUGUUAGCCAAGUAUAGAAACGAUGAUGACGAGCCCAGAGCUAUUCCACCGGAUUUGACGGGCAGAAACGAUAUUAACGAGAGACUGAGGGAGGGUGACAUUUUGUUAUAUUGCGACUUGGAAAGAUACACGAAGAAGAACGACGGUACUUGGUUCAACUUUGACAACUACAAGGAGGCAGAUCUUACUGCUGAAGAGUACGACGACUGUCAGAACCCAGCAGAGAAGACUGCAUAUACUGCAGCGUAUGUCACAGUACCUCAAGCGGGAAGAAUGGUACCAAUUCAGAUCUGUCCAGGUGAUGCCAACAAGGAAACUGUGAAAAGUCAACUAUCAGCUAACAUUCAAGCAAAUCUUAAGUACGAGAAGAAGACUCUCGACGACAUAACUGGUUCUCCAACAGGCAGUCUGCUUCAGAAGCUCGACACGUUAUGUAUGAUUCGGAAGAAGACAGAACCAAAUCCUGAUUCGGCUCCGAUAAUCAAUCAGUAUAGAAUGUUCGACGCUACGAUGCUUCAUGAGCUGACGCACGCUGUACAUCCCCAAUAUCCGAGGAUAGACCAGGAGGGAAAUUCGAUAGCUGAGACUGACCCGGUGAAUCUCCAAUACCCGAAGCGCCGACCAACUAGAGACGUUGAUACAGGGAAAGAUAUCUCCGGAGCUAAAGGCGGAUACUAUUGGAAGAAUGUCAACUUUCUGAAGGAUAACAGUGGUCGGAUGAACGCAGAUUCUUUUGCUUUCUACGGAGUCGGAGCACGCUUCCUGAAGGAGAAGGGUUACCGGAUCUUGAAGUCUGGCUGCACGGAGAAGAUCAAGGGUGAGUACAGCUUCGCAACGGAGCUAAGUGGGACAAAUAUACAAGUGGACGGUACAUGGACAAUGCCUCAGUACAAACGCGACCUGUUCGGGUUUGAAAAUCCACUGGCGCAAUCGAGCUUCGCAAAAGCGCCACAUCAAUCAUCGAUAUCCCCCCCGUAUCCGAUGGAGCGUCGGAACGUGUCAUAUAUCAUCGGCUCUGCCAGUAUAAUGACUACGCGCACGAUCUUCGCGGCAACAUCAUAUUACAUUCCAACAAGCGCAGUAUCCCUGGCGCCUCCUUUGUCAUCUGCUGGUACGAACAUCUCCAGCGUUCAUGUCUCAGAUAGACCAAGCGGCUCACCUUCCUCCCCAGGGUCCUUCGGCAUCUCUAGUACGGUCGGAACGCUGAUGUCUUCACGAAGCUCUGGAUUAAAUUUGGCGUCGACAUCAGCGUUUAGUUUCCUCGCCGGAAGCUCAACCACGGGGACUGGGGUUAGCAUACCCAUCACCGACAUGUUUAGCUCCACGGCCUCCACGACAGAUCUCGCGGGGCUAAUUUCAUCCUUCUGGCAGCAAACACUUACAACUGCACCGGUACCCACACGUGAGCCGUCUUCCCUUGACGUCGAAGAUUUGUUCUGCACUCAUAGUCUCCUAGUAGGCUGCAUCGCUCCGUCGGGGUUUUCUUUCGAGCAACUCAUGACGGCUACGAAUGUCGCAAUACCAACAAUCACCGACAUCUCUAUAUUCCCGCACAUCAAUGUGCAAGGUGUGGAUGUUGUCAAAAUGAGCCUUCCCACCGACAUCUGCAACCCAAUACCAAAGCCUAGUGGAGAUGGCCUUCUCGGUGGGAUUUUCAAGUUUGGUGGCAACAUUGUCAACGGCAUCAUUGACAGCGCCUGCAAUAUUGAGCUUCCUGUGGUCAAAGGAGGACACAUACCAAAGUGGUUCAACUUUGGAAAGUUCCCUCACCCCUCCAGCUUCCCACCCGCACCAGACGGCAGCCCUACGGAGGCACAGGAUCCUAUAGACCCGGAAGACCCAGAAGACCCCACAGAAUCACCCGAUUCCAGCAGCAUCUCAUGUACCCAAACAGCUUUUGUCAGUUGCCGAGACAAGUCCAACGUUCUACACAACAAGCUGCUCUACACGAUUUACGUGCUCAGAAACUGGAUCGACUUCAAUAACGACAAUAACGUCUUCAAGCCAGAUACCGGAGGCGACAGGGUUAUUCGAACCCUUGUUGAACAAUGA